UCCAAUACUGUAAACCACGUUUAAUUAAUCAUUUUGCCUUAAGCAGAAAGUUCACUAAAAAUUCCUGGAUUUGUAGUUAUGUACGCAAUGUUAUUGCAAAAUUUUGUCGAAAAUGACAUAAUACCUAAUUGAAUCCAGCCGGAUGCAAUUACUAGCCAGUAACACUAGAGCUUAUUCUGUAAGCUUUAUUUUGGCAUACAGUAGGUACCUACAGUAGGCCGAUGCGACUGAUAUUCAUUGGGAACCCCGCCAUCCAACAUAUUUUUUGAGAGGUCUAAGAUAACUAAGCUGAUGAUUUAGGAUUACUCUUGGUAAUACCGGCAAAUAAUGGAUAAUUUAAAAAGAUCAGCUUAGCUUUCGCUGAAAUUUACAACAUUUUAAAAAAAUGAUUGGUCCAGUUAAACCGAUUGUAUAACCAGGGAAUGGUACCUGCAAUGUUAAGUGCACCUGUAGGCGGGUUGUAAAGCUAAUUAUUGUUGUUUAAAAUAUUAUAAAUAUAACAGCAUACCUAUCCCAUUUAAAAUCAUUUCAUUGUGAACGUGUAAAUGUGAUGGUUAACAUGGAAUUUACACACGUUUGCUUUGUGAUCUUGGUGGUCGCAACCUCUGUGAAUGGUGGAACAUUUCUUACUGGUACUUUUUCGCCCCAUGUACUUGCAAUUUCGGCACCUGUUUACACGCUUCCUCGACUCGAAGCUCCUUAUCCAUACGCGCCAGCGAUUUCACCACCUAAAUUAGAGUAUGGACUACCUUCCACUGAAAAACCUGCUGCACCAAUUGAACCAAAAUUAGAAUAUGGGUUACCUACAAUACUCGUAGCAGAGUAUGGGCCACCCGUUACGUCAGCGCCAUAUCCGGCACCACAACAAGAAUAUGGGCCACCUCCAGCACCAAAACCAGAAUAUGGCCUGCCUACAGUUUUAGCAGCAGAGUAUGGACCACCAUCUUCUUCACCUGCACCACCAACUGAACCAAAGUUAGAGUAUGGAUUACCAAGUCCAGCUCCUUACCCUGCCCCUCAAACCGAAUAUGGACCACCACCAGCACCCCAACCCGAAUAUGGCUUACCAACAGUUUUAGCAGCGGCGUAUGGCCCACCAACUUCUUCACCUACACCGCCAGCUGAACCACAGUUGGAGUACGGGUUACCAAGCUCAGCUCCUUACCCAGCACCUCAAACCGAAUAUGGACCACCACCAGCACCCCAACCCGAAUAUGGCUUACCAACAGUUUUAGCAGCGGCGUAUGGCCCACCAUCUUCUUCACCUACACCGCCAGCGGAACCAAAGUUGGAGUACGGAUUACCAAGCCCAGCUCCUUACCCAGCACCUCAAACAGAGUAUGGACCACCUUCACCCACACAACCAGAAUAUGGAUUGCCUACAGUAAUAGCAGCAGAGUACGGACCGCCUGUCCCUCCCGCCAGCCCUAAACCCUACCCUGCACCUUCUAGUCCGGCACCGUAUCCAGCUGCAAGCCCAGCUCCGUAUCCAGCUCCCGCCCCUCCGGCUCCACAACCAGAAUAUGGAUUACCAUCAAUUGAAUAUGGGCUUCCAACCACCUCCGCACCUGUCAGUUCUAAACCAUACCCCGCUCCGUCAAGUCCGGCACCAUAUCCCGCUCCAGUUUCCGAAUCUACGGGGCCUUACCCACCGGCACGCCCAGCUCCGUACCCAGCUCCUGCUCCCCCGGCUCCACAAUCAGAGUAUGGUUUGCCUACUAUUUUGGAAGCGAAAUAUGGACCACCAGCCCCGUAUCCAGCACCUCAACCGCAAUACGAGCCACCAACCACCUCUGCACCCGCUAGUCCUAAACCGUACCCCGCACCAAAACCAGCUCCAUACCCACGAUCCCUUCCUUCGACAAAAUACGGAUUACCUUUAAGGGCAGUACUACUUAAGCCGUACGAACCGCCCGCACUAGAUUUACCACCCGGCUUGACGCUGGCAAAAACGUUUUAAAUUUCACCAUCGUCACCAUACAGUGCGCCAAAAAUU